UUUGCUAAACGGAUUGUACGCCCUCAGGAAACGAAUCAAACUUUGCAUUCGUUUCCGUUUUUUUAUUUCGUUUUAUUUGCUUCGACUCGAAAGGUGCAGUUCAUGGUGGAAACAUUAUGCAUGAAUUUGCUACCCUUGAAGAAACCGUAUGAGGCAGAACAGCUCAGCUGAAAAGCAGCAAAGUAGCCUUUAAGGAAGAUUCCCUAUGAAAGCAAAAAGUGCUCGUCGAUAAAUGUACGUUCAUUUGUAAACUAUUGAUAAUUUCAACGAUUCAAUGAGUCGUAAACGUGCGAGCAAGUCCUCUGGAGACUAUCAAAACUCUUAUUUCAAGUUACAAGGGUCGUGUUCACAAAAGUGCUGAAUAUCAUUAGACAUCAUUUACUCCCGGAUUGCUUCAUUUCUUGUGCGUGGUGUAAAAUCGUCGAAAAUAUCGUAUUGUUCCAGUUCCAGCAGCAGCAUCGGUUAGGAAACGGAAAGAAAGCCCUGCUUACAGAAGAAAUUUAGUUGCCCGGCUGACGGGUUUUUCGGAUGAUCAGAGAACCAAGCCAGAAACAGAAGCAAAAAAGAACAUAUUACGGCAUUAAAUGGUAAUGCAUGCCAGGAAACCGCAACGUUUGUUAAGCGAUGGGUACCAUCAAUCUCAUCAGUAUCAGAAUUCUAAGUAUAGUUCCUCCAAACGGGACUACGAACGAGAAGCGGGUUCUCGAUCUACCAACUAUGGGCGGGAUAGAGACAACUCACCUACCGGAGGAACGUUGAAUAAUGAUUCCCCUCGGGACCGGGAGAGAGAUCGCGACCGCGAUCGUGAAAGGGAUAGAGAAAGGGAUCGUGAUCGAUAUCAAUCUUCAGGGUACACAAUGAGCAAGUUGCGAGACAAGGAGCGGGAGCGAGACUACAAAAAAGACAAAUAUUCAGAUUCGUUACGUUCGCCGAAGCGUAGUCGGACUGAACGAGACUCCGAUCAUCGAACUAUUCAUGACAGAAGAUUAAAAGCAGUGACACUGCUGGAUAAGCGUGGAGUUGCUGGUGAUGAUCGCGAACGCGAUAGAGAACGCGAGCGAAACGAGCGGGAACGAGAACGGGAACGGGAUCGGGACCGUUUAAGAGAUCGCGAACGCGACAGAAGUGGCAAUGGCGGAGGCAGUGGUAGCACUGUAAUAGGAGGCUCUAUUGGUGGCAGCACAGUUGGGGUGGUAGGAACCAGCUCGGCCACCAUUAUUGCAAAUGCUUUAAACAAUGCCAGUGGUAGUGGUUCUACUACCUCUGGUUCAAAUACUGCUGGAAACGCCGGUAUAGGCACUGUCUGUGGUGGGGGUACUGGUAACAGUAUCGAUCGAGACCGGGUAAAUCGAGUCGGCGACUGGAGCGAGCAUGUUAGUUCAUCUGGGAAAAAGUACUAUUACAAUUGUAAGACGGAAGUUUCACAGUGGGAAAAACCACGAGAAUGGAUUGAAAAGGAAAGCACACGCGUGUUGACUAAAGACCAGCAUCGCGAUUAUCGCGAUAAAGAACGCGACCGUGACAGGGAACGUGAUCGUGAUGAACGGUACAGUUCGUCAGUCAUCAAUCGGUCGGGAGUCUCGUCGUAUGGCAAGCAUUCCAGCAGCGGCAGCAACAGUAGUGGCAAGAAUAACACUCGUGUACGAUGGCAAACCCACGAAUCUGCGACAUCUCACCGGAGGCGAUUUGAUGGAGAAAAUUUGGAAAUGGAUAUAAGCCCAGGAGAUUCUACACCUACGUCCGAGGCAAGUUACUCACACUCAAGUACGCCGACCACUGCCCAACAGCAGCAGGGAGCACCAGGGCAUAAUUGUGCGGUGGGAGUUGGUAGCAGUGGCCACGCAGGGACAACAACAACGUCAACUGUUCCCUUGUCAGCGAAUUCGGUUCAACCGAACACCACUGGCAAUUGUGUUUCUUCGGAUGGAACGAGCCACAACUUGUCGGGACAUUUGCUUCAACGGGCUGUAAAUCCAACAGUAAACCAAACGGGAUCGUCAAACCACUCACAAGCAGUGUCGUCGAACCAUCAGCAGCAAUCACAACACAAUGUAACGUCAUCAUCGAGCUCGUCCUCAUCGUCAUCUUCAUCGUCUGGUAAUAGUGUAUCGUCCCCUUCACUGCAUCUCGCCUUGCAUGGUUCCGGCAGCACUGCCCCUAUACUACCGGGAGCACAUAUUUCGAUUACGGACGGAGCUAUGCUUAACUCAAAUACUCCUGGACCUCCACCGUCAUCGAUGACCAGCUCGCAACAAUUGCAUCUGCCAGCGCACCUGCAAUCGCAACAAAUAUCUACGCUUGUACAACGGUCACCGCAACAGCAGACGCCACAGUUAUGUCAACCCCCCAAUGUUCAUGGUUCUUUAAGUAGCACUAGUACCGGAAUCAAUGUUGCUACUUCUUUAGCAGGAUUACCGAAAAUUCUUUCGCAAAUAACUGGCAACAAAUCGAUAGAACACAAUGACCUCAAUCCUCAAAAAGCGCUUCAAACAAUUAAUAAUGCGCUUAUGAUGCAACAGCAAUCUCGUUCGCAAAAUUCCGGCACAGCGCACGAGUUGGGUGGAAAUAGUUCAUCGAUGGCUAGUUUAAGGGAGCAUGCUCUCAAUUCACCACUGUACAACGUCUCUAACUUGUCUCACCCGAUAAUGUCAUCAUCACUUUCCAGUGGAUCUGGAAAUCAUACGAAUCACAACACACAUAACCACACCACAAGUAGUCUUGGAAUAUCUCAGACAAAUAUGUUGCACGGCGGAGGACUGGGAGGGUGUAUUAGCAAUGUGGGUAGCAACAAUACAAUUCUUACGGGAGAUGGCCCUCCGACUCCAACACAGGAACUUGAUCUACCGCUUGUUGAUCAUAGGAAAUUAGAUGGACUAGGCAGUGUCGCUGUUACGACGACUGCAACCAGUGCUGUAAGCAGCCUGCAAAGUGUCAUGGCAUCGUCACAGUGUGGCCGAUCUCAAGGACCGAAUCUAACGCCUAGCUUAGCAAAGUAUUUUCGAGCUGAUUUAAUAUCCCAUGUCACUGGAUGGCCAUCAGAAAUUUUAGAAAAGACGGUUCAAAAGCUGUCGGAGGAGGCCCACAUUUUAGGUGAUUUACAAUGCAGCAAAAUAUCGGCCGAAUUGAAAUGUGCGAGGAGUUUAGUUAGAAUAACGGAAAUCACUGCAACAUUGCAGGAACAAAAAAUAAUGUAUCUACGGCAGCAAAUACGUAGAUUAGAGGAAUCCAAGUCGGAAAAUUCAUUCAUGUCAUCAGAUGAUCUAUAGCGCUAAUGUAUGAUUAGUAAGCAAGAUCAACAAAGUAUAACAAUACAGUACAGAAUAGAGCGAUCCGAUAGGCAACAUGUAUGAUUGUAAGUUUAUAAUAAAAUUUAAGAAAAUGUAUGAAAAAAACUAUAUGAUCCCUAAGAAAAAAUAAACAGAUACACAAAUACACACUUAG